AUGGCGAUCGCCCGGCCAGUUCGAGCUCUGGCCUUAGCCGCCGUGAUGCUCUGGUGCUUCUUCCUUUAUCAGAUUUUUGGUCCUGAAAGGCCGAUACCCCAGAAGCCUGAGCGCUAUGAGAACGGACGCGACCCCAACCUCGAUCCUACCGGCGAACCUCAAGGUGUUCUUACCUAUGUCUCCGACAAGUAUGCCCCUGGCAUCGAAGACUCUGCUCGCAUCAACGCAACUCUGCUGGCGCUGGUGAGAAACGAGGAGCUGGAUGGAAUGAUCCAGUCAAUGGCCGACCUCGAGAGAACCUGGAACCACAAAUUCAACUACCCUUGGACAUUCUUCAACGAGGUUCCCUUUAGCGAAGAGUUCAAGAGGAGGACUCAAGCGGCCACCAAGGCUGAGUGUAGAUACGAACUCAUCCCCAAAGAGCACUGGGAGAUGCCCUCGUGGAUCAACAAAGACCUGUACGAAGAAUCUGUCAAGAUUCUCAAGGAAGACGGCAUUCAAUAUGCCGAUAAGGUUUCGUACCACUCGAUGUGCCGCUGGAACAGUGGCAUGUUCUACAAGCACCCGGCCUUGCAGCACACCAAGUACUACUGGCGCGUUGAGCCCAAGGUUCACUUCUUUUGCGACGUUGAUUACGACGUCUUCCGAUACAUGCAGGACAACAACAAGACAUAUGGUUUCACCGUCAACCUGUACGAUGCGCCCAAGUCCAUCCCGACGUUGUGGCCCGAGACCAGGAAGUUCCUCGCCCAGCACCCCGAAUACCUCCACGAGAACAACGCUAUGGACUGGCUCACAGAUAAGGCUGGUCGUCCCGAGCACAACGUUGAUGCGAACGGCUACUCUACCUGUCACUUCUGGAGCAAUUUUGAAAUCGCCGAUAUUGACUUCUGGCGGAGCCAAGCAUACGAGGACUACUUUCAACAUCUGGAUCGCGCUGGAGGUUUCUACUACGAGAGAUGGGGCGAUGCUCCUGUUCACAGCAUUGCUUUGGGUCUUUUUGAGGACAAGUCCAGGAUCCACUGGUUUCGUGAUAUUGGGUACCAACACAUUCCCUUCUUCAACUGCCCCAACUCCAACAAGUGCAAGGGCUGUGUGACGGGCCGCUUCACUGACGGCGAGGCCUGGCUGCACAAGGAAGACUGCCGCCCGAAUUGGUUCAAAUACGUCGGCAUGGACUGA